AUGAAUCCUGUCCCAUCUUUUAGUCUAUACUUGAUUUUAAAAAUGGCUUCCGGUGAAGUGCAAACUUCUGAUUAUCAACAGAGGCGAUGGCAUAAUAUAAGAAAAGUCCUAGAAAGGUCUGGGCCAUUCUGUCACCCUGACUUUGAACCCUCCGCUGAAAUCCUUGACUUUAUUAUGAAUUCUUGUAAAGUUCUCAUUGUUGGAGCUGGAGGGUUGGGCUGUGAGUUGUUAAAGGAUUUGGCACUAAUGGGUUUUAAGAAGCUUCACGUUAUUGACAUGGAUACAAUAGAAUUGUCUAACUUGAAUCGUCAGUUUCUCUUUAGAAAAAAUGAUAUUGGUUUGUCAAAAGCAAAGUGUGCUGUUGAAUUUAUAAAUAAACGUAUACCUGGGUGUGAAGCUAUAGCUCACCACUGUCCUAUACAAGACUUGGAUGAUGGUUUUUAUAGACAGUUUCAUAUAGUUGUAUGUGGUCUUGAUUCCAUUGUAGCACGCCGGUGGUUAAACGGAAUGCUCAUGUCAUUACUUCAAUACAAUGAUGAUAGAAGUCUGGAUCAAAGUAGUGUAAUUCCUUUAGUUGAUGGUGGAACAGAAGGCUUUAAAGGGAAUGCCAGAGUGAUUCUGCCUGGAAUGAGUGCAUGUAUAGAAUGCACACUCGACCUAUAUCCUCCUCAGAAAACAUUUCCACUGUGUACCAUUGCUAAUACACCAAGAUUACCAGAACAUUGUAUUGAAUAUGUAAAGGUCCUCCAAUGGGCGAAAGAGAACCCUUGGGGUUCAAGUACAGCCCUAGAUGGUGAUGAUCCACAACAUGUUGCCUGGGUGCAUGAAAAAGCACAAGAAAGAGCUAUGAAAUAUGGUAUAUCAAAUGUAACAUACAGAUUGACACAGGGAGUUAUAAAAAAUAUUAUUCCAGCUGUUGCUAGUACCAAUGCAGCAAUUGCGGCAGCAUGUGCUACUGAGGUUUUCAAAUUAGCUUCAUCGUGUUGUGCAAACAUGAAUAAUUAUAUGGUAUUAAAUAUGUCUGAUGGAGUCUAUACAUACACAUUCAAUGCAGAACGAAAAUCAGACUGUGUCGCUUGUAGCAACACAACUAGAGUCAUGGAUAUAGCAAGAGAUGCUACACUGCAGGCUAUCUAUGAUAAAUUGUGUGAGGAUAAUGCUUAUUUGAUGAAAGGUCCAGGCAUAACAACAAUUAUCAACGGACGUAACAAAACGCUAUAUAUGGCAAGUAUUAAAAGUAUUGAGGAAAAAACGAGAGAUAACCUAAAGAAGAAAAUCACAGACUUAGGACUUUACAAUGGAGCAGAAAUCUUAGUUGCUGACGUUACAACACCUAAUACAAUAACAAUAAAAUUAAAGUUCAUUGAGAACAUUGAUGUUGAGAUGUCCAGAUAA